AAAACGAAAGUGCAAAAACUUAAAAACCAAGAGUCCUUAAGGGGUUUAUGGCGCCUGCACAGGCUGUAGAGCACCCAGCCCUAACCUCAGUGCACAGCCUGCCUCCUACAGUCCUGACAGAUCCGUCUCCUGAAUGUACUGCUCCUUGAGACAGAUUCAUAGUGGGUCCUACACCCCUGCAGGACGCCAUUGUCAACCAGAAACCUGUGUCAAAUACACCAAGUCACAUGAGUAUUUGUUGUUCUCCAGUGACUCCGGCGAUGUGAGGUGUCCGGUCAGUCACACAGCAAGAGUCUUCUGCUUCCACACGAGUUACUCAGAGCCCGCCAACUGCCUGCAGACUCUACCACUUAUCACAAGUAUAGGGAGCGCGAUGUAUUAAGACAACUCUUAUCGAAAAAGUGCAAGAAACUGUCACUUUUUAAUUUUUAACUUGUUUUUUUUUUUUUUUAUAAAUACUCAAAGUUGGUAUGACCCCGCAUCUGACACACUGGUAGCUGAGUGAAUUUCCCGCGCCCUGAGCCGGGGAGAAGCGGAGCUUUGGAAGUGCCCGAGUGAGGGACGGGCCGGUGUGUGAUCGCUGCUUCCCAGGACCCGCUAUAGGACCGUAACGAUGCCGGCCUUACUGGUUUAUAAGAUUACUACGUUUUCCCCCUGAGCUGCUCCAUAUCAGGUGAAGAGCACCUAUUCUUUCCUUUGAACUGGCAAGAAAUUUAUGGACUUGUACAUGAUGAAUUGUGAAUUACUAGCCACGUGUAGUGCCUUGGGGUACUUAGAGGGUGAUGCCUACCACAAAGAACCUGAUUGCCUUGAGAGUGUGAAGGACUUAAUCCGUUAUCUCCGUCAUGAGGAUGAAACCAGAGAUAUACGACAACAGCUGGGUACUGCCCAAAUCCUGCAGAAUGAUCUUGUGCCUUUAGUCAUUCAGCAUCACAAUGACAAGCAACUUUUUGAUGCUGUCAUCAGGUUAAUGGUGAACCUCACCCAGCCAGCACUCUUGUGCUUUGGGAAAAUUCCACAAGAUCCUACUUUUCGCCAUCAUUUCCUUCAGGUUGUGUCCUACCUACAGGCUUAUAAAGAGGCCUUUGCAAAUGAAAGACUCUUCGUAGUUUUGAGUGAAAAACUAUAUGAGUUACUACAGAUGGACUGGGAGCAGAGAGAGGAGGAACACAACUUACUCAUUGAAAGGAUUCUUUUAAUAGUCCGAAAUAUCCUUCAUGUACCUGCUGAUCCAGAGGAGGAAAAGAAUGUGGAUGAUGAUGCUAGUGUUCACGACAGAGUAUUAUGGGCAAUCCACAUGAGCGGUAUGGAUGACCUAGUGAAGUUUUUAGCUAGCUCAGAGACAGAGCAGCAAUGGAGCAUGCAUGUACUAGAAACAGUAUCUCUCAUGUUUCGAGAUCAGAAUUCUGAGCAGUUGGCUGCAACUGGUCAAGCCCGAUUUUCAGCUGAAAGAGCGACAGAUAUUAAAGAUUUGGAGAUGCUUCGACAAAGGGAAAUGGCAGAAAAAAAGAGCAGAGUUCUUCAACGUGGCACCAGGCAUUCUCGGUUUGGUGGCUCAUACAUAAUUCAGGGAUUAAAGUCUAUUGGAGAUAAAGAUAUCAUUUAUCACAAGGGGCUUCAUAAUUUUCAGAAUUACACUCAUGACAUUGGAAAGGAAAUUAAGAGAGUCCCAAAGAGAAAGCAGCAAGCCAAAGAUACAGAGACACGGCGUCGUUCUGCUUUAAAUGUCCGUCUCUUCCUAAAGGACUUCUGCAUAGACUUCCUGGAAAACUGCUAUAAUCGACUCAUGUACCUUGUGAAGGAUCACUUAAUUCGUGAGAAGGCUCAGCAGCAUGAUGAAACUUACUACCUUUGGUCUAUGGCUUUUUUCAUGGCCUUCAAUCGUGUAAAUAAUUUUCGUCCAGAGUUUGUAUCUGAAACGGCCAGCAUAAGGACUUUUCAUUUUAUUGAGCAAAACCUCACCAAUUACUAUGAGAUGAUGCUGACAGACAAAAAAGAGGCUACCUCUUGGGCUCGAAGAAUGCAUCUUGCUCUAAAAGCCUAUCAGGAACUUCUUCUGACUGUUAAUGUAAUGGAUCAUUCCAAGGAAGCAUCUGUUCAAGAAAGUAGCAGGGUCAUUAAAAAUAACAUAUUUUACAUGAUGGAAUAUCGGGAGCUUUUUCUUGCACUCUUUCGUAAGUUUGAUGAGACUAAACAACCGCGGUCAUUCCUAAAAGAUCUGGUAGAAACAACACACCUUUUCCUCCGAAUGUUGGAAAAAUUUUGUAAAGGAAAGAGCACAGUUAUGGUGCAGAACCGCAAGGUGAAAAGGAAGAAAAAGAAGAAAACCAGCAGACGUGAGGAAAACACUAGGAGUUCUGAAGAGUUGGAGGAAAUCUGGAAAUCCCUUUCUGAAAAGCUGAAGAGCUGUGCUAUGGGCUCAGAAAGUCUGCCAGAUGAAAUUGUGCCUUUUGAUGCCGCUUCUGAGAUACCUGUUGAGGAGCAAAGAACUGACGCUUUGGUGCGAAUACAGAAUGGUCUUCUGAGCGGUCAGGCCGGAGAGUCGCUUGUUCUGCUUCGUUCUGCAAGAGAAGUGUGGCCAGAGGGGGAUGUAUUUGGAUCUCCAGAGUCUGGUCCCGAGGAAGAGGUUGAGCUCCUUAAGCAAAUUCUACACGCUGAUCUUCCUAGAUCUACUCAAGUAGAUGCAGAUCCAGAUGAUGAAGAGGAGGAGGAGGUUGAAGAAGUAGAAGAGGAGGAGCUUACUUCCGUACAAGUGUCUGAAAGGGAAUUUAACUACUUAGACUACGUGAAACGGUUUGCUAACGCAAAUGUGGUGAAGACCUAUGUUAUACUACUAAAGAACUAUCAGCAUAAUAGCGCGCACACUAACCAUUGUGUGGUGAAAAUGUUACAUCGAAUUGCAUAUGAUCUGAAAAUGGAGGCAUUUCUUUUUCAACUCUCAGUCUUUUGUGUUUUUAAUCGUAUUCUCAGUGAUCCAGCUGCUAGUGCCUACAAGGAGUUAGUAUCUUUAGCAAAGUACAUUCUUAAUAAGUUCUUUGCACUUGCUGCUACAAACAACAAAGCCUAUGUGGAGCUUCUUUUUUGGAAAAAUACCAACCUUAUUAGAGAAAUAACUGAGGGUUACCGAAAACCUGGUGAAGAGGAAAGUGAACCAAGUCAUAGGCGUAUAAAAUGGACGCCACAGGAAGAAGAGGAGCUACAGCGACUGUACUUGCAAUAUAAAGAGGUUGAAGAUGGGGAUGUAAUAGAUAAUAUCUUGGUAAAUCUGAAGCCGGGAACCCGAACUCGGAAGCAAAUUAUCAACCAUCUUGUGCAGAUGGGCCUUGCUGACAGUGUUAAGGAUUUUAAAAAAGAAACUAAAGGAACGCGAAUUGUGAUCUGGACUGAAGACCAAGAGAUGGAACUUCAGAGGCUUUAUGAGGAGUUUCAAGAGACUGAUGAUAUAUUGGGAAAUAUCAUGAAGAAUAUCACAGCUAAACGCUCUAAACCUAGAAUCAUAGAAAAACUAAUAAGCAUGGGGUUGGUGUCUGACCGGAAGGAGCUUUAUAAGAAGAGAAGGAAAAAAGGAAAAUCUUCAGGCAUAUCUGAAGAUGAUUUCCUCAAUGAUCUUGGCAUUGAUGGAAGAGAUGUGGAUAAUGAAGAUGAAGAAGAUAAUUAUGAAAGUGAAGAGGAUGAGGAAGAACACAUGAAGUCAGAACAUAUCCCAAAAGAAAAAACACACAGAAGUGGUGAAUUAUUUGUGGAUAAAAAGAUACAAACUAUUUUACAGAGUUUACAUGAAGAUGGUUUGUCCCAUCCUGUAUUGUGGCUUCAGAACAGUUUGAACCGGACCGCUGAUGACCGAGAAGAGGAUGGCUCCUCUCAGUCAGUUCCGCUUGUUCCUUUAACUGAAGACAAUGAGGAUGCCAUGGAAAGCAAAAUAUUCCAAAAACUUUUGAAAGCUGUGGGCAUUCGUCCUCCAGCAAAUGAACAGGAAUCAUUUUGGCGCAUCCCAGCAAAAUUGGGCCCUGAGCAGCUGAGGAAAUUGGCAUCUUCUCUUGUUCUUUCGUCCCCUGAAGAGGCUAUUGAGACACCCAUAGAAUCUGAUGACCAGGGCCCUUCUAAUUUAGAACAGAGAGCUGAAGCAUUGAGUGCACUUUUACUUGCUCGUAAAAAGAAGGGUACAACAGCAACCUCUAUAGACCCAGAGAAAAUAGAAUCACUGCCGGAUGAUUUGAGUACAUUGCCUGAAAUUCCAAGUAAAAGAUGAACAGCCAAAGAUAUUUGGGACAGCUAGUGAUUCAGAAAAUGAGGAUCUUCAGCCAACCAAGAAGAAACGUCUUCGCAUUGAGGAUGAUGAUGAUGAUGAUUAGUUUCUGCUUCAUCUGAUGAUGAUGAUCAGUGUUUGGCUACCUAAAUGCACACUUAGACCUGGAAUUAUCUUAUUGUCUUAUUUACCCUGAGCAACCAAUCACGACUCUGCUUUCUUUUCUCAAAUUGCUAUGGUAAAAUGAAACCUGAGCUCUGAUUGGUUGCUACAAGCAAUUUAACAGGCAAUUCGAUGUUAAGUCCAUAAGAAUGUAAAUCAGAAGGCCAAGGCUAUUCCAUUCUACCAUUAUCCAGAUAUUUUUCAGAUAUUCACCUUAUUGUGUAAUGGGCACUUGUGUAUUUGGUAGAAACCACAUUCUGGAUGUGUUUAUAAAAUAAAUUAUGGUUGGUUUUUAAAAUAUUUUCUUUAUAUGGCUAAAAUAUACAAACCAUUUGAAGAGUUGGAUUCACCAUUCUGUGGUUUAGAGUUAUGUUUUCUGAACUUGGUUAAAUGCUUAGUAAUUAUGACAAUAAAAUUUGUAUAUGUCAUUGUUUACAGAUCGCUUGCACAUU